GAGGAAUGGACGCAAACCCGCAAAGUCGGCUACUCCAAGCGAAGAUGCGACUGAGACUGAGGGGAGCCACUCGCGAUCACAAUCUCACUCCCGAUAUCCCCGAACGGCGGACAACGUGGCUGGACCUCUUCAGUUGGAGGAUCUACCGUCUACAAAAACUGUCAUACCGACUAGCAACGAGGAGUUGGGUGCACACAUAGAUCCCAAGGGAAUAUCCACUUCACCCUUGGAAAAUGCGCCGGAAAUAGAGUCCGUGAUGGCUUAAGAUGCUUUGCUUAUUGUUUUCAAAGUUUAUCAGGUUGAAAACGGAACACUAACCUUGCUUCGACUACAGGUAUAUGAACGAUCGGGAAAGGAAGCGAGGCCCAGAUGAUGCGUUGAAUCAGUUGUUUGACCGUCUGGUCGGCGACGAGGACCGAGCAGCAGCAGGAGCCGGAAAACCCGUCGAGGCCAUCGGCGCCGAAGCCGCCCAAGCUUACAUCUCCUCCAUGGGCGCCAAUAUCGAAAACGUUGAAGCUUUUGUGGUUCUCGAGAUUGUCCGCGCCGACUCCAUCGGCUCAAUCACUCGCCAAGGUUUUGUCGAGGGGUGGUCCUCCAUCUACCUCGACCACCGCAUUCCCGCAGACCCGGCCCACCACAGAAACUACGUCCGGAUGUGCAUCCAAAACCUGCCGCAAAAUCCAGCUUACUUCAAAAAAGUCUACCAGUUCGCUUUCGGCCUGGGUAAGGAACCUGCCCAAAAGGCACUGGAGAAGGACGUUGCCUUGGUAUUCUGGGAUUUGUUUUUGGGCACCGAGUCUUCAGAUACAGGACUAGGACCGAGGCCGUGGAAGAGCAAGAACGUGGAUUGGCUGGGUGCGUGGAAGCGGUUUUUGGCGGAGAAGUGGACAAGGAGCGUCAACAAGGAUAUGUGGAACCAGACGCUGGCGUUUGCGGAGAAGACGAUGGUGGAUGAGACGCUCGGGUUCUGGAACGAGGAUCAGGCGUGGCCGGGCGUGAUUGAUGAUUUUGUGCUUUGGUGCAGGGACCAAGGGAUUGCUAAGGCGCCUGCACCGGGGACUGCAGGAGGGGACGGGAUGGAUGUUGAGGAUUAUUAGAAAGUUGGUCGUGAGCAUCCGGGGAACGAGUGGAAUGAUGAAGUCAAAUGGGUGGAUGUGGUUAUACGGGGGGAGCCUAUGAGGAUGCUGGUGAGGACUCUUUCGCCUUGGUGCAGGGAGGAUAAGUAAAGAGGAGAAGCACU